GCGAACAUCGAUACCGCAUGUCAAGCUCCUCAAACGCCAUCAUAAGUACUAUUAAGGAAUAUAUUGACCAAACAAUGUCUGCUCACAUGGACCUUAUUAAUAAGAUCAACAAACGUAUAGAAGCAUCCUUGAACCAGCAAAAACAGAAAGACAGGCCUAAUAAUAAUAAUGACUUUGGUCAGCAAGGUAACUGUCCACUAACCCCUAUACUUAAUAACCUCUUGAUCAACAUCAAUGACCCCAGCCAGCAAAAUGGAAAAGACACAAUGUCCAUAACAAAAUCCCAUGUUAAUAAAGCAAUAAAAAUCAGAAGCAUGACCCAGAA